CAGUUAGCAGAAUGUCUGAGGUGACAAAGAAUUUGUCCAAACUGUUCUCAUCCACCAGAAAACAAUGGCGUAGAUGUCAUCCGGCGGCGACAACCACCACCACCACCAGCGGGCCGAACCAACAACACCUAGAGUUCUUACCAUCUUAUCUUGUGUUCUAGAGAAGCUAGUGGCACGUAAUGACCAGCUAGUUCUCGGCUCGGCUCGGCUUGGGAAGAGCUUGAAUGCCUUCCAUGGCGUGAGAGCCCCAAGCAUUACGAUUCCAAAUUAUAUAGAGAGAAUAUACAAUUACACGAAUUGUAGCCCGUCGUGUUUUGUGGUAGGCUAUGUGUAUAUAGACAGGUUGGUGCAUAAGUAUCCCGACUCGCUCGUGGUGUCUCUCAAUGUUCAUAGAUUGCUGGUUACAAGUGUUAUGGUGGCUUCCAAGAUUCUCGAUGAUGUGCACUAUAACAAUGCAUUUUAUGCCCGUGUUGGCGGAGUGACCAAUACAGAACUAAACAAGCUCGAAAUCGAGAUGCUUUUCCUUUUAGAUUUCGGAGUAACAGUAACAUCUCGAGUAUUUGAAAGCUAUUGCCAACACUUGGAGAAAGAAAUGCUGUGUAACGACGCGACGCGGAUGAUUGAGAGGAUAGCAAUUUCCAAUUCUGUUGAUGAUGUUACUGAAAUAUCUGUCGAAGAUACACAAACUUCUUCACCUCCACAGAUCGUAGAUUGAUCUCUUAAUUAAUGACACUAUUGUAUUCAAUUUUAUUUUAUAGUGAAGUCCAGAAAUGAAUAUUGCCUACUACUGUUCUUGAAUGAAGGAGACACUUGAAUCUUGAAAGCA